UUGAUCACAGACGUGCCGCUCACCAUCUUCACUAACAUGCUGGGCAUGUCGCUUUUCUUGCUCGCGAUUCUCUAUCACUACGUGGCAGUCAACAAUCCCAAGAAGUGGGAAUAG